GGCAGCGUCGCCAGCAUGGCCUUGAUCACAAGAGGCCCCCGUGGCACUCGCGACGGAACGGAUGGGCGAUGGGGUGAUGACGGCUUCUCUUCCCCGGGCCCAUGAAGCAGUCCGUGACUGCACGUGGCAAGGGCGGGGUCGAACCGGCGAGGCGGAGGCGGGGAAGGCGGGGAGGACGGCCUGCGGGCUCCUCGGCCGUCCGGCGGGGGCAGGCCUGCGGAGCAGCGCCGCUUCCACGGCCGGGCUGGCGGAGGAGGGGGGGACGGCCAGCUCGCAGAGUUUGUACACGGGCGCUGCAGUGGGCGUCGCGCUGCCAGUCGGCGGCCCUGGCGCACGUCAGAACGCUGCCCAGGUCUCAUGCACGUGGGGCUCGCCGCACCUGGCUCUGUUGGCAUCAGGUGCUCUUCUUUGCAAACGGCUGCAAAGCCAGCCCGCAAAAGGUGACUCAGACCAGUGGCCCCUCUAAGCGAGAGCAGGCAACACGCCAACCCCCUCCCCGACAUCUGCUCUUAUAUUUAGUGGCCUUCCCCCUGGACCCACGUGCACUACGCGGCGGCGUGCUGCCGCGGCGGCUCGCGCCGACGGGGCCCACCCCGCCGCCCGCCGCGGCAGGCGCACCAUGCAGGCACGCGCGGGCUCCGGCAAACAACACUGCAUGCUGUCUAGGCGAAGGUCGCGCUGGCAGCGCGCACGGGUGCAUGCCCAGAGCGCGCGCGCGCGUGCAAAGCCUCGGCAAGCAGGGGGCGGGGGGGGGGACCUCUGCCCUUUGGCACGCUUGCACAGCGGGCACGACUUGUCUGGACUGCUUGCUGCUGGACAGCUCCAGGCACAGCGCGCCCUGGCCCA